GCAGGAGGGAUGGGGGCUGUGAUCAGAGGGUGUUCUGGAGGCUGGGUUCGUGGGGGCUAGGACAGUGUAGAGAGUGUUGCAGACAUGCUGGAGGGGCCCUGGGGGUGUUGUUGCUAGGAUGUCACCACAGGGUGCCCCUGCCCACAGCUGGGAGUGGGGGCGAUCCUCUCUGCAAUUUCCCAAGGAAGCCAGGGUGUACCCUCAGAUGUGGGUGGGAGGCAGCACUUUUGAGCUUCCCUGUAUCCCACCUCACAGCUGGUUGACGUCAGCCAGGCCCACCUUGGUGCAGGGGAAAUUAAGCUCUUGAGGGAUAUCCUGUCUUGGCCUAUUUGGGACUGGCCUUUCAUGGCAACUGCAUUGAUAGGAGACCCCCAGUGCUUGGGAGUCAGUGCCUGAAGGUGUGGGCACCCACCCAGUUGAGGUGCCAGUUUCAGGAGGUCAAGCUGUUGCGGCAAAAGAUGGGUGCGUGUGCUUUUACUGACUUUAUCCCUUCUUGCUUGUUUCCCUCCUGACCCAGUGGCAGGAAAUAGGAGAGGGGGAUUUUGGAGAUAGUGGAGGAGCAGCAGCUCCUGCAAAUAUGGCCCAGUGCUGUCUCCCUUCACACACCGAGCACCUGGCACAGUCCAGCCUGGUCCACCUCUCCCACAGCAGCUGCCAAGCUGGGACAGGCGCCUGGUCCCCAGUGCCAGGCUGGGGACGCGCGUUACCGCUGACACAGGCGGAAGGGUUGCCCGGGCAUGAGUCACCAGUGCCGCAGCAACGAGUUGUGUCUGGUCUCAGACUGGACAAGAAGCUGCUACCACAGGUGGCCGUGGACACGACGCUGUGUGUGGAGUGGAAGGAGGUGAAGGCACUGUCACCCCUGAGUGUUGCCCGCCCGCUGCCCCGGCUGGUGCGCCAGGCCUCCUUCGACAGCCAGGACUUCCUCCAGGUCAAUGUUGAGGACACUGUCGAGAUGCUGCCCAAGUCACGGCGCGCGCUGACCAUCCAGGAGAUCGCUGCCCUGGCCCGCUCCUCGCUGCACGGCAUCUCACAGGUGGUGAAGGAGCACGUGACAAAGCCAACGGCCAUGGCACAGGGCCGUGUCGCCCACCUCAUUGAGUGGAAGGGCUGGUGUAAGCCAGUGGAGUCGCCUUCUGCCCUGGAGAGCGCCUUCAGCUCCUACUGCCACCUGAGCGAGGGCGAGCAGGAGGCGCGAUUCGCUGCCGGUGUGGCGGAGCAGUUUGCCAUUGCUGAGGCCAAGCUGCGAGCCUGGUCCUCAGUGGAUGGGGACGACUCCAAUGAUGAGUCCUACGAUGAGGACUUCAUGCCCUCCACGGAGAGCUCCCAGCCCACCGAGCUGACAGGCACAAUGCCCGCCAGUGCGCUGCUGCGAGACCUGCUGCAGGGCCACCUGUGCCAACUGGGCGUGCGGCACGGCUCCUGCGAGCCCGAGAGCGACUCCUCGCACACCCUCUCCCCCGAGACUCUCUGCUCCAGCCUCUGCAGCCUGGAGAUGGUGUCCCCCUCUGAACUCACUGCCAAACUGCUGGGCUCCCUGGGGGGCGAGGACCUGCUGCUGCCCAAGCUGCAGCCCCCAGCCAGCCAAAGUGCCUUGCGGGGCCUGGCACGGCUCCGGUGCCAGGACUCCCUCUACUCCGUGUCCUACGCCGAAGCCUGUCUCUCACCCACGGAGGACGAGGUGGUGCUGAGCAAGGACUUCCCACUCCGCCGGAAAAUCUCUGACGUCGCCUCCUCUGGGGUGGCAUCGCUGGAGGAGGAGGAGGCUGAAGAGCCCUGAUGCCUCCUGGGGUGCCCUGCCUCUCCUGGUGGGGGUCCAGGUCCACUGCUGAAGCCCUCUGGCCAGACCCCAUGCUGGGUGAGGGACAGGCCCUGCCACUGCUCCCCCUUGCUAUCUGGGUGCAGGAGGGGUCCGGGGGCCACUGCAGCCCCCCCAGCCAGUGUGCCCCCACUGUGCCCCGGCCCUGCUUGGCCACAUCGUUGCCCUCCUGGAUUUUUGCAUGAGAGCAGGGAAGGGGCGCAGGGAAGGGCUUGGGGAGGUCUGUCCUCUGCUCUGAUGCCCAGAUGUGCCCCCAAAAACUGACAAGACUAAAUAAGUGGGGCUGGUUGAUCGCAUGUUCUCCCCCAACCCACCCUGGGCUCCCCUUUUGGGCACAGUUCCCUCUCCCCCAAUGGCAUGGCUCAAAACUCUCCAAUCAUCCUGUGGUGCCUCCACCACCCCAAGCCAGGGUGGUGGUGGGGGUUUCGGUGUGGGAAGGGCUUUUCUCCUCUCUCCCUGGCCAACUUUCAUUGGACCGAGUUUAAAACUGUGAACUGCUGCCUUGGAGCAUGGAGCUGCUGGAGGGGUGCUGUGGGGGUGCCAGGGGUGCUGGGGGGCUGUGGAUGUGCUGCGGUGCUGGGACUUUCUAUACUUUUGUACGUGCAUGGGGCUGACACAGGAAGACUGCAGGACCAGGUGGGUGCAGGCCCCCAGGCUGGGGGCUUUGGGCCACCAGGAGAGCAGCCCCAGUCCAGCCCUGUGGCAAGGGGGUCAGCCCAGCCAGGGGUCCCCUAGUCUGCUGUGUGGCAAUGCAGGGUGGAGAGAGGGGGUAGGAUGUGGGACCAAUGUCCCUGUCCACAAGUCAAUCACCCCUGGCAGGGAACCAAGUGCCUACAUGAAGGGCGACCAGCCCCCCCCCGUCCUGGCUGGGGGUGGCACCCCCCCUCGGGGAACCCCCCAAGCCCACGUGAGGGGUUCCAGGCACGUCGUCUGGGGGAGGAAUGCCAGUUUUUGCCAACGCUUGCGCACCCCUUCCUGCAUGGCACGUAUUCUCGUGGGGCCACUCUCCCCCUGCAUGCUGCUCCUCACCCAGCCCAGUCACUGUUCCCUGUCCCCAUGCCCCGGGAUGCACCCUAGCACCUCUGCUCCCCUGCAUCCCCCCAGCACCCCCACUGACCCCUGCCGGACACAGCUCCUGUUCUCCCUCCCUGCCAUGGGCUGCCCGGUGUGGGGCUGGUCCUCCCUGCCCUGCAUCACCGAGGGGCUGCAGGGCCCAGCAGGCCCGACACCAUGCUGAUGGCUCCCUGCCACCCGCUUCCGCUCGCUCCCGGGGGCAGUGGAUGCUCCCCACGGUACUGGGAUGGGCCGGGGGGUGCAGGCUGCCUGUGGAUGGGUGGGGGGCUUUGCUCUGUGUGUGUGUGCAUGUGCACACCUGGGAGCGCAUGGGCAUGUGCACGCGUGUGCAUAUCCGUGGGAGCUGCCUGAGCCCCCCCGCCCCGCUGUGGCGGUACCUGUGGAGUAUCCGUGGGGUGCCCACACCAUGGCACCCCCUCCUCCAUCCUGCCAGGUCUUGAAUAAAGUCAAUUGUGCGAGCAC